UUGUUUAUUUGUUGUGUUUUUCCCAUUUAUUCAUUGUUUUCUAUGAUUGGUGUGUUUUACACUGCAGGGCCACCACAGAAAAUCCAAGUAACAUUAUAACAACAAUCUUGGUCACUUAAAAAAUGUUUUUUUAAAAUUAUCUUUGGUUGCUAAUAUUGGUGAAUUACGCUUACAGCUUGACUUAACACCAUUCUUGCCAGAUAGAUGCCAGACGUUAACGAUAAGGAACUUUCCAGUCAGCGCUCAUUUUUACAGAGAAUCCUGAACGCAGCACGCAGAGCAAAUGAAUUGAGGGGUUGAGAAGGACGGUGAAAACAAAAAUGGACAUCGAUCGAAAAUAGCUGAGCCGUCUAUGUCACACCGCUGACUGGCAUAUCACCAAGGACCUGAGGGGAGAAAAGUGAAGAGUCCUGAGUUCAGAACAAUGGAGGCUCGCUUUGGUAAUAUUGUGUUCAGCUCCAAGUUUGACUCAGGGAACCUGGCACGCGUGGAGAAGGUGGAGAAGGGCAACUCCAAUCCUGCUAGUGAUGCGGUUUCCAGUGGGAGUGCCCCCUCAGGGUCAAACCUUACCCCUGACUAUGAGUUCAAUGUAUGGACGCAGCCAGACUGCGCUGGUACAGAACAUGAGAAUGGAAACAGAUCAUGGUUUUACUUCAGUGUGCGGGGUGCAGCGCCUGGAAAGUUACUGAAGAUCAAUGUGAUGAACAUGAACAACCAGAGGAAGCUCUACAGCCAAGGCAUGGCUCCUCUCGUACGCACUUUACCUGGCAAGAACCGGUGGGAAAGGAUCCGAGACCGACCCACUUCUGAGAUUGUAGAUAACCAGUUCAUACUGUCGUUCACUCACCGGCUGUUGGAAGCGCGAGGGGCAACCACCUACUUCUCCUUCUGCUACCCAUUCUCAUACAAUGAGUGCCAGGAGAUGCUGCAACAGUUGGAUGGGAGCUACCCAAAUGCUGCUCAACUCACUCCAAGCAGUGCUCCAGGCAGUGUGUAUUACCAUAGGGAGUUGCUGUGCCACUCUUUAGAUGGCAAUAGGGUGGACCUGCUCACUGUGACGAAUUGCAGCGGGAUGCAAGAGGAGAGAGAACCCCGUCUGCCUAAGCUGUUUCCUGACACCAACACUCCAAGACCUCAUCGAUUCUCUGGCAAAAGGGUGUUUUUCCUCAGCAGUCGAGUGCACCCCGGGGAAACUCCCUCGUCCUUUGUCUUUAACGGUUUUCUCAACUUCAUCCUAAGAAGAGACGACCCACGUGCUCACGCGCUUCGUAACAUGUUUGUGUUCAAGCUCAUUCCCAUGCUCAACCCGGACGGGGUUGUCCGCGGGCAUUACAGGACUGAUUCAAGGGGUGUGAACUUAAAUAGACAGUACCUGAACCCCAGCCCUGAGCUGCACCCUUCCAUCUAUGCAGCCAAAACACUGUUGCUUUACCACCACACGCACAACCGCGUGCGCAAUACACACUCGGGCUGUAACAGCCCCACACACGCACAGACCCCUCUGCUCAACACCAAGCCCGCCAAUCAGCAUCAGUCUCCUCCCCUCACUGCCCUUGAAGUCAGCCUGAACCAACGAAAUGCGGAGAAGGACGCGAAUCCCGCCCAACCAGAAGUUCCCAUGGUGAUGGAGGAAAACGCCUGGGUGACCACAGAGGUGGGGAAGGGGGACCAGAACAACUCAUCGAGCUCUGUAGAGACUGUAGCUCCAGUUUCUGUGGAGGUACCGGUCCCACAGGCAGAGGAACAGGAAUCAAUUCCACCCCAGGAGGGAGGUGUGGCAUAUUAUGUGGACUUACAUGGCCACGCCUCCAAACGCGGAUGCUUCAUGUACGGAAACAGCCUUUCUGAUGAGAGCCAGCAGGUGGAGAACAUGUUGUAUCCAAGGCUGAUCGCGGUGAACUCUGCCCACUUUGAUUUCCUGGGCUGUAACUUCUCUGAGAAAAACAUGUACGCUCGAGACAAGAGAGAUGGCCAGUCGAAGGAAGGCAGCGGGCGGGUGGCCAUUCACAAGGCCAUAGGACUGCUUCACAGCUACACUUUGGAGUGCAACUACAACACAGGAAAAGCCAUGAACACCAUCCCACCGGCCUGCCACGACAACGGACGGGCGACCCCCCCUCCACCUCCAUCAUUCCCUCCAAAAUAUACCCCAGAAAUAUUUGAACAGGUGGGGCGUGCCGUGGCUAUCUCGGCACUGGAUAUGGCGGAGUGUAACCCGUGGCCUCGGCUGGUGCUGUCCGAGCACAGCUGCCUGAUGAACCUCCGAGCUUGGAUCCUCAAGCACGUCCGCAACACCAAAGGCCUGAACUCACACAUCCAUGCACACCCUCAACCAAGAAUACACCACAACGGCAGCAAGGCUUCACCGCCAAAGAGCUUCAGCAACUGUCUGUCUGGCUCGGCAUCAGAGAACACCCUCAGUCGCAUUCGCUGCAACAGCCACAGCAGCAGCAGCCAGACGCCCUCCCCGAAGGUUCACAGUUCCCCAAGUUUUACUUUUGGCUGCCCCCCACCCCGAACUCACACACAGCACAACAGCACACACACUAAUGGACGUGGAAGCAACAAGACACUCGGGCCAGUCAGGGACGCUAAGCCUCAGGAGAAGAGACGCCCACCCCACCACCGCUCCAUCCUACGGUCUCCUAGCAACAGCCACACACCCACCCGCCCCCCACUCUCACCCCCUUCCUCCUCCUCCUCCUCGUCUUCCUCAGUGUGCGCAGCAGGCUCCUGUCCCCUCCCGGCCUCCGUCAGUAUGACAGGCCUCAGCUGCCCAGACUUUCAGGCUGGUGGACCCAGUUCAGCGGGUUGGUCAAGAAUGCCUCUCCCCAUCCGUCCUGGGCGUGUGGGGAGAGGGUGUCGAACUAUUACCAUCACUCAUCACCCCACAGAGGGCCAUACAGAGACUGCUAAAGACUUGGGGCCUGAACACAUCCUUUCCUCCAUCAAAUUUAGCAAGUGUGAGUUGCAGCCUCAUGUGAGCCGCAUCCCCAUCCGGAGGGCGGGGUCAUCUGAAACCCCUUCCACACGUGACAGUAAAUCAUUCCCCAUGAGCAGUAACCCAGCCUCACCUGGAGAUGAGCAGUCCGCCACCAUGAAGGUCUGGAAGCUGCUCAGACCUGGCCUCCACCGACACCUGUCACUUACAGGGAAAGAGGGCGCCAUACAGCUGACCUCUAAAGCGCUAAAGAAGAGCACAGACAGGAGUUUCCACUACAAAGGAAAUGCUAUCAUAGAAACUGCUCCAGAGAUGGAUGAACAGCAAAAGGUUGAGGAAACUCCGGUGACGCCGCUCCCUGAGCCUGUGAACAUGUGUGAGACAGUGACCCUGUGUGGAGAAGCCUAGGAACUGCAGAGAAGAGCCCUUCUGCAUCUGUAUGAUUUUAUUUAAUGUGAGCCUAAAUUACUAUAUUCGGAUCAAAACCAUUUAAAAUAAGAAAAUGGAGGGAGGGGGGUGACAUUUUCAUCACAGGAGGAUAAUUUGGGGCAUUUUAAUGUGAACUUUUUUUUUUUUUUUAAACAAUUUUAUCCUUAUUUAUUCAGUGUCCUGAGCAUGCAUGAUGUUUCAGCCAUGCACUGCAACACAGACAGACUUAGGAGCUUUACUCUUGUAGCUGGGGGUUAAGUGCCUUGCCCAAUGACACCACAACAGUGUGCUGAGGUAGGGAGGAGGCACAAACUUUAUCCAUUCAAGCUUUCCAGCUGAUCAAGAAUUCAGAAACUUGAAAUAUACUUUAACAUUUCAGCUACCAUUGAUGUACCUCACAUUUGUCUUUGUAACACGAGUCUUUUCCUUCUGCUACCCCCUCCCUAAAAAUGAAGUUAAACACACUCUGACCAAUACUGUUAUGCACUGAUAAAUAUUUCCACAGUCAACCAUUUGUUCUGUUCUAGCAAAGGAUUGACUUUUAUUCAAACUGACGAGCACGGCAGCACCUUUAUAACCUCCUUAUUCCCGUUAUGGGUUUAGAUGUGUGAGUGAAGCGUGUAUUUAAUGUAAUUAUUCCAGAGAUUGUGUGUUUUGCAUAUAAUUCCUAUAAAAAGUAUCACCCACGUUGGACUUUUUCAUGAUUUGUUUUACAACACUGAAUUCACACUGGAUGAAGUGAAGAUGUAACAAUCACUGAUUGCACAAGUACUUGAGCCCUUUAUUCAUAAAACACCUAAAUUAUCACUAGUGCCAGUGGUUGUUUUGAGAAAUUUCAUAUUGAAUUAAGAUCACCUAUGUGUGAUCAAUGUGUGGCAAGUGAUUUUGGGAUAAAAACAUCUGUAUCUGGGAGGUCCAACCACAAGUUAAGAACAUAUCAAAUCAUUCCACAAGGUUGUUGAAAAGUACUUACGAGGGGAAUCUAACAAAAACCUUCCCAGGAAAAGUGUAAUCGUAUAAUUAUAUAUCAUAGUCCAAGGUUGGGUGUGUAUUUUUUAUAGGCAAUACAUGUUUAUUAAAUAUAUUGGCACAUUCCUUUAUAACCUUAAUUUCCAGGUAUUUUAUUACCAUAUAUAUUCAUAUAUUUUAUGAGAGACACUGUUACAGGAGUGUUGUCUUUUUAAAUGUAAUAACCAUAUCUUAACCCAGUGACAAACGACUGGUUUCUACCAAAAUGAUUAUACUGUGACUGAGAUAAUACUCUGUUGUAACUUGAAAGAAACUUAAAAUAUAAAAUAAAUGAACUUAAACCA